AUGCACGAAUCUGCUCGUUUACCAGGUCGGAAUCCGACUCUGCCGAGUGCGAGUGAGCGUUUGCCCGGACGGAAACCAGUGCGACCUAAGGCUAACGAUCGUUUGCCAGGCCUAAAGUACAUACGUCCCAAAGCAGCACUUCGUUUACCCAUAGCGCUCUCCAUCAAGUAUGCGAUAUCCUCAUCGGCGAUAUCAGCGUUUCGUUUACCGGGUCGAAAAUGCACUCUGCCAAGAGCUAACGAACGUUUACCCGGACGAAACUCGGGUCUUCCGAGUACCAUCGAGCGUUUUUGCAACACUUCUGACCAGUCGUUCCCACUUGAGCUUAUCUGA